AUGGGCCACUCUCCAGGCACUUGCCCAGAAGAAUGGUCAACCUACAAAGGGAAAUAUCUGUGGACAGAGACUAAUCCUGCUAGCACAACUGAAUUAAGAUGUGUGAAAAAUUCUAAGCACUCUGCCACCAGGAGUUGCAGGAUAAAUAUUAAGAGUGGGAAAGCUUAUUGGGAAAGACCAAAUAUGACACAAUGUAAAUUGCUGGAAGAACUUCCAAAUAAUAUUGUGGGUCUUAAAAACAUCAUCAUAACAGAAGAAAAUGCAGAGGAUGUUGCAGAGCACCUUUUAAAUCUGAUGAAAAACUUUACUAAAUUGGAUGAGGUAGAAACUGAGGUUGUUGUAAACAAAGUCUCUGCUAUUUCAAAGUGUGAUGAGAUAAGCAAGCCACUUGCUGUGACUACAUUAAAAAUACUGAACUCCCUUUUGCUGAAAGAAAUAGAUACACAGGGCUUGCAAACAGUCACCAAUAGAAUCUUAAGGACAACUGAAGAGAUAGGUUUCAAGAUGCCUUAUACUGAGAGAAAUGAAACAGUAGUAUUGGCUGUACUGGCUUUGGCUGUGAUACGUCCAGAUCCCAGUGGUUUCCAAGGAGCAGCCAUUGGUGUUACCUCAUAUAAGAAAGGCACUGAUCCCACGAUUGAUAUACGUGAAAAACCUUUUAAAAAGGCCUGUGCUGCUGUGUUUUUGCCAAGAUCGCUGAGGAACUACUUGGGGAGCCAAUCUUUAGAUCCAGAACAUCAUUCAAAGAUUCAGUUUAAUUUUUUUGGAACAACUUCGUUCUUUGUGGAUGCCAGUUGGAGUAAUGAAAAGUUGAACACCUAUGUUGUGAGUGCCAGCAUUGAAAAUGUAUCAAUUCACAACCUCAGUGAGCGAGUGAAUAUUAUUCUACAGCAUAUAGAACCAAAUACGGACAAUGCCCCAGUGCACUGUGUUUUUUGGGACUUUAUGAAGAACAAUGGACUGGGUGGUUGGAAUACAUCAGGGUGUGAAGUGAAACACAGAGAUAUGUAUUACACAAUCUGUUAUUGUAACCAUCUCACCCAUUUUGGAGUGUUGCUGGACUUAGCCCGGAGAGAGAUAGAUGGUGUGAAUCGUCGCAUAUUAACUCUGAUAACCUAUGCAGGAUCUGGAGCCUCUGCCCUUUGCUUGGGGGUAGUGCUGGUGAUGCACCUAACUCUUGAGCAACUUUGGAGAGAUUAUCCUUCAAAAAUCCUGCUAAAUCUCUGCACUGCACUGCUGAUGCUAAACCUGAUAUUCCUGGUCAAUUCCUGGCUGUCAUCAUUUAACAACCAUGGCCUGUGUAUCACAGUGGCUGUGUUCCUCCAUUAUUUUCUGCUUGCAGCCUUCACAUGGAUGGGCCUGGAAUCUCUUCACAUGUACUUUGCUCUCAUCAAAGUCUUCCGUAUAUACAUUCCAAACUAUAUACUGAAAUGCUGCAUUGCUGGGUGGGGAAUACCAGCUGUUGUAGUUGCUACUCUCCUCAUUAUAAAUACGGACUUUUAUGGAUCAUUUUCUAAAAACCAGAACUCAUUCACUUUUUUUUGCUGGAUUCAAGAUGAUAUUGUCUUUUACAUCGCCGUUGUCGCCUAUUUCUGCUUAAUAUUUCUGAUUAACAUAGUGAUGUUCAUCAGUGUUCUUCUUCAAAUUCAUAUCAUGAAAUCAAAGCAGCAAAUUAAAUCCAAGAACUGGAAGCAGGGCUUUCUUCAUGAUCUGCGCAGCACGGUCAUCCUGUCAUUCUUACUCGGCUUAACCUGGGGUUUUGCCUUUUUUGCCUGGGGAUCAGCAAGGAUUUUUUUCUUGUAUGCCUUCACCAUUUGUAACACACUGCAAGGGCUUUUUAUCUUUGUAUAUCAUUGCCUGAUGAAAGAGACGGUGAGGAAGCAGUGCCGAGUGCAAUUUUGCUGGGGGAGGUUUCGGCUCAAUAAUUAUUCUGAUUGGAGCAGCGCAGGAACAUCUGCUGGAUAUAAACCAAGAAAUUUAGAGCAUAAACUAUCAUCACAUUCUUUGAAAUCAACCAAGUCUCUGAAGUCUUAUGCAACAAGCUCAACUUCCAAUGGUUCAGGCUCCUUACCGGAGACAUCUUUGGAUAUGGACUUGAGAGCAGCUGAGGUGCAAUACAACCCGGGCUCUGUAACUCCAUCUGCUUAUCAGGUAAAACAUCCUCGGGCAAGAAGAAUAUCACCUGUGGAUCUACAACUGCACAGUACGCAGAAAACUAAGUUUUUGCAGUGAUACCCAACCUGUUUUUUUCUGCUUAACUGAAGACUGUCCUAUUUUGUGGCCUGUACAAAUAAAUGUUUAUCCAAGUAUUUAUUUUUUUAAUUAUAAAAUAAGCAUUCUGAAGAUUGUUAUAGGGCUAAAGU